AUGUCCCCACUUCAGAACACGCCGUUCCGCUCUGCGGAUAUGAGCAUGGUGCAGCUAUUCGUCUACAACGAAAUCAGUCGGGAGGUUGUCACUGCCCUUGGCGAACUUGGAUUGUGCCAGUUCCGCGAUCUCAAUGAGGACGUAAGUGCAUUUCAGCGUACUUUCACCCAGGAGAUUCGACGACUACAAAACGUCGCGGGAUACUUCUUUGUGCAGAUUGAAAAAGCCGGAAUGAUGGUACAUAAGCUUGAUCUUAAUGAUACGCAUCUUGCGUCGCCAUCUGCAUCAGAAAUUGAUGAACUUGUUGAGCGAAGCCAAAAGCUUGAGCAGCAAGUCUCCUCACUCAGUGACAGCUAUGAGGCACUCCAGGAGCUUGUGGUCAGCCUCACCGAAUGGCGCUGGGUGCUGAGGGAGGCUGGCAGCUUCUUUGAUCGCACCCCCAGCAACAUGGAGGGGAUUCGCACUUCCCUGCGUAACGAUGGCGUGGCUUUACUCUCCGAUGUUGGACGGCAUAGCACUACGUCGGACGUCGAGAGAUCAUUUUCUGGCAUGAGCACCGGCUUCGUCGCUGGGGUCAUAUCUAGGGAUCGUAUUGCUACAUAUGAGCGGAUCCUUUGGCGGACUCUUCGCGGUAACCUGUACAUGAGACAGUCAGAGAUCCUGGAGCCGUUACCUAACCCCACGACCAACGAGAUUGUUAAGAAGAAGGUCUUUCUCGUCUUCGCUCAUGGGGAAGAGAAUGUCGCCAAGGUCCGAAAGAUAUCUGUAUUCAUGGGAGCGGGCUUGUAUGAUGUUAAUGAGGACUACAACUUGCGAGGUGACCAAAUUCAAGAGGUGAAUAAUCGUUUCGACGACGUGCAGAGCGUCCUUCGCAAUACUCGGGCCACUCUUGAAGCAGAGCUCCACCAAAUCUCGCAGUCUCUGUCUGCCUGGAUGGUGCUUAUUACAAAAGAGAAGGCUAUUUACACCACCCUUAACCUGUUCUCGUUCGAUCCUGCCCGUCGGAUCCUUAUCGCAGAAGGUUGGUGCCCCACCAACGAUUUCCCUCUCAUCAGAUCUACUCUCCGGGACGUUACCAACCAGUUCGGCAUCUCCACACCGUCCCUGAUCAAAGAGGCCAUUGUCGAUGCGUAUGGUACAGCCACCUAUCAAGAAGUUAACCCAGCCGUGCAUGUCAUCGUUACCUUCCCUUUCCUCUUUGCUGUAAUGUUUGGCGACUUCGGGCACGCUGUUACCAUGCUCGCUGCGGCAUUGACUAUGAUCUAUUGGGAGAAACCACUGCAGAAGAUCACAUUCGACCUGUUCGCUAUGGUCUUCUAUGGCCGAUAUAUUAUGCUGGUCUUGGCCGCCUUCUCUUUAUUCACUGGCCUUAUUUACAAUGACACCUUCUCCAAGUCCUUGACCCUCUUUGACAGCGCUUGGAUGUUCAAGAAGCCGGAAGGCUGGCGAGACAAAAUGGUUGUUUCUGCUACGUUGAACAGCGACGGCUAUCGCCACCCGUUUGGCCUAGAUUGGGCAUGGCAUGGGGCAGAAAAUGAGCUUGUCUUCAAUAACAGCUACAAAAUGAAGAUGAGUAUAGUCCUCGGCUGGGCUCACAUGACCUACUCGCUUUGCUACGCCUAUAUCAACGCGAGACAUUUCAAGAAGCCUAUUGAUCUCUGGGGUAACUUCAUUCCUGAAAUGAUUUUUUUCCAGGCUAUCUUCGGUUACCUCGUCAUGUGCAUCAUCUACAAGUGGUCCGUGGACUGGCUUGGCACUGGUGCGCAGCCUCCUGGACUUCUGAAUAUGCUGAUCUAUAUGUUCUUGCAACCCGGGACACUUGAUGAACGCUUGUACUCUGGGCAAGGGUAUGUUCAAGUCACCCUGCUUUGCAUAGCUUUUGCCCAGGUUCCGAUCCUGCUCUUUCUCAAACCCUUUUAUCUCCGCAGGCAGCACAAUCGCGCCCGCGCUCAGGGCUACCGUGGCGACGGUGAAACCUCCGUUGUUAGCGGCCUGGACAGAGGCGAUGAGAGCAGGGCUUUAAUGGAAGGACAAGGUAAUAGCUUUGAUGAAGAUGACGAGAGAGUCGCAGUAAUUACCCAAAAUAUAGACGAAGAUCCUUCCGAGUUCGAAUUUGGCGAGGUCAUGAUUCACCAAGUUAUCCACACUAUUGGUAAUCUGCCACUUUAUUUGGAACCUAGGGAGACGCUGAGUCCUGACCUUUACCCGUAG